CGAACCGUACGGACGUGUUUCUGCUACGCUCCGACAAAUUGAUUUCACGGGGGCCCACACCGAGUGUUGCUCAAAUUUCGAGGUUUUAAUCCGUUCGCAAAGUCUCGCGAAGUGUACGCGGAGUCCGACUCUUAACAGCGAAGCCCUGGUGCAAACGAGGGGGCCGCGAGUGACGUGAUAGUUGUCGACGACACGAGACGUCGGGACGCCGUGACGAAGCGACGUAGUGACGUUCCUGAGGACUUAGAAUAAUUCCAAGUAGCCAGGGACUUAGAAAAAUUUUCGUUCCCGAAGUACAUCCCGACCACACAUCCAGGGAGUAUCAGCCAAGGACCAAAGGGCCCAAGGGUAAGCCCCGCCCACCACCCUAAGCCCCGCCCACAAGGCGGAACCAACCCCCCGGAAGCCCCGCCCAGGGGGCGUGUCUUCGGAAGCCCCGCCCACAUCGGCCCACAGGCCACGCCCACUACACUUUCCGACUUUUGGUGGAUGCGCCAAAUUUCAAAUUUUGGUGGAUGCGCCAUUUUUUGAAAAUUGGUGAAGGAACUGCUGAAAAAUGGACCCAAGACGAUUAGGAACACCCGAAGGACCAUUGGACGCAGCCAGAGGCUUCCCAAGAAGCCAGAUGACUCCAAGAAGCCCGCCGACCACGCAGCCUCCCAGGAAGAGGAAGAACUCCAGCCCAUCCAUUCUGGACGACGCAGAGAAGGCCGCAGCGGAAAUCGAGACCACAAGGAGAGACAUGGACGAGGAGGACACAAGGAUCGAACAAGGGAUACAGGACAUACUGGUGAGUACGGUCCAAGAUAAUAAAAAGAGACGGAUAAAUGAACUGAAUGAAACUGACAACAAUACUGACAAUGACGACAAAGACGAGAACACCAUUGACAAACUGAUCGCACUUAAGGACAACAUAAUACGGGCCACCUCGAGGAUGGAGAAAGGUAAACUAACGUUCAACAGGGCGGACCAGACGGUAGUCCAGGAGAGUCUGCAGGCACUGACAAACAUAAUGAUUAAACUGGUGUACAAUUACGGACAGACAGUAGGACAAAAACAGACGACAGAGACAGACACUAAGACAACUAACAAAGACAACACAAUACUGAAGGAAAUCAAGGAAAUAAAAAUGUCACUAAACCAACGAACAACGAACAGAGAGACAAGCAGAAGACAGAUGGACAAACUAGCCGCUGCCCCCAAGACACUAGUACCACACACAACGGACGACGAGACAAUUGACACUGACGAGGACUGGAAAGUCAUCAGACGAAGGACUCGCAAGACCUACGCGGACAUGACUAAAGACAAAACCGACAAAACCACGAAAGAAAACACGGGAUGGACUACACCGCCGACAGUGGACAACCUACGGACAAUUGUAGCCAUAGACAACGUGACAAACCCGAGACAGGUGGUGGACAAAAUCAAGCAAGCCACUAUGACAGAAACAAACAAACAGGGAGGACUGAGGAAUAUCAUUCCCCUACCAGGGGGGAAAGUCAUACUGCACUGCCGGGACCAAGCGCAAAAGACAACACUAAUGGGCUCAUUGACAAAGGACAAGGAUCUGGUGGUAAUAGAUAGGAUAAAGCAUCGACCAAAAUUUACAAUUACAGGAGUGACAAAAGGCACGGACGGUCAAGGACUUACAGACAAUGACAUCAUCGACAUGAUACUAAACGAAAACGACGACAUAAAUGACAAAUACGGACAGGAUCUAAAGAAAAGGCUGAAGAUAGUUGCAAGAAAAAACUGCAGGAACGCGUUCAAAGAAAACAUCGUAGUCGAAGCCGACGUGGAAACUUUUAAAUACUUUGUAAAAAAGGACCGAGUCUACAUUGACAUGGUAGCUACACAAAUCCAGGAAGCCGUGAGCGUCGGUCUAUGCUUCAACUGCCAUAAAUAUGGACAUGUAGCUAAAUAUUGCAAGGACGAAGCAAGGUGCCACCUGUGUGGAGGGAGCCACAACCAUACGAAAUGCGAGGCCAAACAUCUAGACUGCCUCAACUGCAAAGCGGCCAAGAUACCGGAGGGACACCGACAUCACUCCGCACGCGACAAACUCUGCCCCAUUUACGAGAGAAAACUUAGACAAAGCAGACAAUACAUACACUUCAACGGGACUGCGUUGCAGUACGGCUAUUGGCCCCCCGCCCCCGGAUCCAAAGAGAGGGCAGGGGUUUCCGGGGAAAGCUUCGUGGAAGCUGCCGCUGAGGAAACGAUGGUCGGUCGAAUACCUCACCCGCCGCCGUGGCAGGCCUAUUAG